CGAUUAUUCGAACCUCGAUGUCGACAUCCAGGUUGGAGCAGGUGAGGUUUGUCGUCGACUAGCGGAUUGUGGGAGAGGAUCUUGCAUGCGACAGGGGCCAUUUAACGCCCCUUGCCUCGCUAAUCAGCAUCUUUCCGACAUCUUACACAUCUUGACCUCCAUGCUGUUUGCCAGCUCGCAUCAAGCUUCACAAGGCGGAAAACGCAGGGAUUGGUGGUGCCCACUCGAAAAGCAUUGUCGAUGUUUGUAACUCGUGAUCGGGACUUUAUCAAGUAGCUGGCCCGCAAAUCUUGGAAAUCCGAGUCUUGCCCCAGAUUGCCCACCCUCACUAACCUCUUCCGGCGUUUGACACAUGGUCUCUCGUUGGGUGAGCGGCAUCCAACACCGAAACUCGAAGACACAAACGAGGGGUUCUGCGGAGAAUGACAAACAGGAGCUGAUCCGGCUUCACGAACGGGAAGUUCAGAAUACCACGGACUUGAACUGUCAACCGUACUCGUGUAGCUUAGUUUCUGAGUCUAUUUCAAACCUCAAAAGCACAGGUAAGCCAAAGUAUCACUUCAUAUUCUCGGGGUCCACUUACCUACUUACUCCACUUCCUCGACAAUCCCAUCUUCCUCUGCAGUCAGAUCUUGCGAUAUCUUCAACCUCCGAGACGACGAUACCCUCUCAGACCUCGAUUCGCUCACACGUCAAGUACAAAAAGCAAACAGCCGGGAACACAGCGCUACCUUUCCAACGAACCAGCUUCCUUCCCUCCCUUCUGCCGUAUCCGCGCAACCCGCAACAAGUCCGUGCCAGAGCUAUCUCCAAGAUCUAAGCGUUGUGUGCCAUAUUUUGGCAUGUGGGAACAGACGUAUGGCAGUGAAGCGAUUCGCAACAAUUCCUUCUCAAGGAUGCUGCCCGCCCCGACGAGAGCGCUUGUCUGUGCAGACGCUGCAAACGACAUUUUGCGUUUAAGGCUGAGUUCGGAUGAUGUAUUUCUGCGGGAACGGCAGGAGGAUAUAAAAAGAAACUCGAAAGAGUACGUCAGUCGCUGACUCGAGACGUGGAGGUACGAGAACGAACACGAGACUCGCAUUGUUUUAUGUUUGUGGCUAGAGAAUUUGAUUCACAUUCUAUAGCAGUUGUCGAAUUCA